ACCUGAUUCAAACUGCAGAUGAUCCUCGCCCAAUCUCUUUGACUGUGGUUGAAGUUGGUGGGAAUGUUACUUUGCACUGUCCAGUUUCUAAUAAGGAAGGCAUAUUCUUUCACUGGUAUAAGCAGUCUCUUGGUUAUAUGGUCCAGUCAGUUGCAACAGGAACUUAUACCCGACAAACACUUAGUGGACAAUUUAACAACCCACGUUUCAAAGUCACAGAGGGGACGGCUCAGUAUUUGCUCACCAUUAGAAAUGUCAGCAAAGAGGACGAAGCAACAUACUUCUGUCAAAGCGGAGCAGCGUAUUCACAGAGUAUUGUUAAUAGCACCUUCCUAGCUGUGAAUGAUCGAAGUCAGCGGAAAUCUGUCACCGUGAAACAAAGUCCAGAGGCAGCAUCAGUCCAGCCGGGAGGCUCAGUGACUCUUCAGUGUUCACUCCUCUCCAAGAGCAAAGGAAAAACAUCUCAGUGUCCAUGUGAAUACAGUGUGUACUGGUUCAGAGCUGGAUCAGGAGAAUCCCAUCCAAGCAUAAUUUACAGUCACAAGAACAGCAGUGAUGAACAAGAAGAAGGAAGUUGUGUCUACAGUCUGUCGAAAACUAUACAGAAGUCAUCUGAUGCUGGGACAUACUACUGUGCUGUGGUCACAUGUGGAGAGAUCCUGUUUAGUGAAGGAACCAAAGUAGAGAAAAGACCAACUUGGGACCCUGUUGUCAUUGUGCUUGGGAUACUGUUGGCCUGCUGUGUGAUUGUGAUUGUCGCCCUU